GGAGAACACUCGGGUCUAGUUGGAGUUAAUGCCGUGACAGUAUAAGGCUGGGCGUGGGGAGGGGAGUUGCUACUUGCAUGUCCUACCCCUUGUCAGAGAUACAGGAGGAUCUACCCCUUGUAUCUGCCCCACAACCACCGUGAAUUACAAACCAGAAACAAAACUGCAUUACUCUGGGACUCACCACCAGCACAUCUACUGAGUCAGACACUAACGUUGCAACAGAAACAGAAACCUUCAUGAAACCACACACCACUCCUAAGCAAAGGAACGAAAAACGCCUUUAGAAACAUUCCGUAAUACACAAAGACAAACACAUACACAUCAUGUACAGUAACAAUACAUAUAGCAGUGUGACGAGUGACCUGGGUCGGCUCCAUCUGGGUUCGGGCAGCUCACCACAGCAGUACUCACCUGGAGGAGGGAAGAAGGUUGCCCCAGUCGUCCCUCCCAAACCUAAGAAGUCAGGUGGAAUUGGUGCACAUGAAGGAGAGCAAGCGACCUACGGGACUGUGGGGGCGGCGCAACCUUCCACAACCCCAGCAGGCGUGGAGGACUAUUAUGCUGUAAAUGCCCCCGCCCCAGGCACCGUGGGCGUGGCCUCAGCCCGCAUCAACCACGCCUACACGGGGGGCGGCGUGGAGGCAUCGUCCGCGGGGCAGGACUUCAGCGGCAUCGUGGUGCCCGGUGCUGUGUACAUCAGUAGCACGGGACAGGUGCCUGUGGGCGGCCUCAGUCCCAAUCCUAAUUACAUUCCACCGCCGCCCCAGCCCGCCCACAGCUACACGCCUACCUCCCGGGUCGCCGUGCCCAUGAGCGCCCAGCCCUUGUACUCUAACACCGCCUCGCAGCCCAUCUACAGCAACACACCGCGGGCACAGCAGGCCCGCAGGGACCAGUCGCCGCCCCCGCCCCUGCCAUCACAGCCGCCGCCCCCCGCUGCCCCCACUUACGCCAACUUGAGCACCAACGGCGCCGCCUACCCGCCUUCCCACGCCCUCUAUGCCAAUGUGAAGCCCGCCUCUGGACUCUCCCAGUACGCCACCUUCGGGCCUGACGAGGACUUCCCACUGCCGCCCCCAGACGAGGCCCCUCCGCCACCCUCCCCGCCCUCCCCAGUAUCCUCUUCUUACUCAGAACUACGUCGCGCCGCCCCCUCCGCAAACGCCGCCGCCACUCACGCCCAUAAUGGAGCAGCACACGCCCAUCAGCAACAGCAGCAGCCACAACAGCAACAGCAGCAGCAGCAACAGCCGGGGUCUAACUACGGAACGUACGCCCCUGGUUCCCAUACGAGCUCCACAUACGAGUCUAUCUACGAACCUAUCACUCCUCGACCCUCCAGCCAGAUGUCAAACAAGUCAGGCUACAGCCUCUAUGGGCCAUACACCUCCCCUCAGGCUAGAGGGUUGGCCCCAGCACCCUCCAACCAGCCUCUCCUCAACCCUGACAAAGUAGGGAAAGAAGCUGAGGUGGAUGCCCUGACCUCUCUUCUAGUGCAGUCCAUGGAUAGUACCAAUGACCCAGAGUUCUUUGGUGCGUAUGAUUCGUGCAUCUGCACACGCUGCGGGGAGAAGGUGGUGGGGGAAGGCACCGGCUGCACUGCCAUGGAGCAAGUGUACCACAUCAAAUGCUUUGUGUGCAUUGUGUGUCAUCUCCAGCUGCAGGGGAAGCCUUUCUAUGCUCUGGAUUCCAAGCCCUACUGUGAAGACUGCUAUCUGAACACACUGGAGAAAUGCUGUGUUUGCACAAAGCCUAUCCUGGACCGCAUCCUGCGUGCCACAGGCAAGCCCUACCACCCGCAGUGCUUCACCUGUGUGGUGUGUAACAAGUCCCUCGAUGGGAUUCCAUUCACAGUGGAUGCUUCAAAUCAAAUCCAUUGCAUAGAUGAUUUCCACAAAAAAUUUGCUCCUCGAUGCACAGUCUGCAAGGAACCCAUCAUGCCAGAACCUGGCAAAGACGAGACAGUGAGAGUGGUGGCUCUGGAUCGCUCGUUCCACGUGAAUUGCUACAAGUGUGAGGACUGUGGAUUGGUGUUGUCCUCUGAAGCUGAGGGCCGAGGCUGCUACCCUCUUGAUGGUCACGUUCUGUGUAAAAGCUGCAAUGCUCGCCGGGUUCAGGCCAUCACCUCCAAAGUCACCACUGACCUUUAAAUUACUCACUAGUGUGUGUGUGUCUCUUCUGUAUCCACAUCUCAUCACCAAAUCAUCUCCUUCCCCCACUUCACCCUUUCAUGCAUUUCCUUCAGAGCACCCCAUCAUCCAUUCCUUUGAAACUCUCAAAACAAAGUUCACAUCUUUUAAAUUUUUCAUGGUAUAGUUGAUUAAGACUGUACUUACCACUCUGCAGCCUGACCAAGUGGUGUAAUCCAUAGUUUCUCUGGCCUUUAGUUAAGUAGAAGUAUUAUAAGGGAGUUGCACGUACUGGAAAUGUAGAUUAAAUUGGUGCUAUGUAUUGGACUUGCCUGAAGGACAGUCACAGUAACACGAUUCCAAUAUGUUAUCAAGACCCGAAUGAAUUGGAUUUUGGUCAGCCUUGACUAUCUUGCCACCACAAAUACAACAUUUAGUGUUAUGUGUAUUUCUUUUUUGUACAUCACUAUCUUUUUUUUUUCAUGUCUGUGUAUCUUAUUUUGUAUAUCAUAGAAUUGUUUUUCAUGUUCGUUUACUUUAUUGUUUAUCUGAGAUACAUAUGCUGCAUCUUUCAUGGGAUAUGAAAAUUGGCAGAGGUCACUGAAGGUUGUUGGCUGCAGAGAUCUAGAAAGUAUGUAUGUAUUCAUUGCUCAUAUUACUCAUUAUCACAGAAAUUGCCAUAUAUGAUUAAUAUAGUGAGGGUUUCUAAAGCUUAAUAUAAGUAAUUUUUUUAUAUAGUUUAAUGGAGAUCAGUGUCAAAGUUAUUUUUUGGUGUGUACAUAAUUAUUUAAUAUAUGUGCACUGCAGUGAUGCUACUGAUACUAUAGUAAAGUCCAUUUAUGUCAUAUGGAACCAGCUUCGUACUAAACAAUCAGGAACAUCAAAUACAAGCUUUCACUUGUAGUUCAUUGAUUGUUUGCAUUUAAAAGAGAAUACAGAUAUUCUUUUCAUUCAGAGAAGCUAAUAUUAUCUUCUGUUUAUGAAGCUUGUAGUAUCUAUCAGCUACCCCACUGCCUGCAGUUGUGCCUUCUGCAGAUGUUGAUACAUGCUUCUGUCUCUGACCUCCUGUCAGUGAUGGUGUCCUUAAUUUCUGGUACUUGUAGUACUGACAGAGUGGUACCUAUCCAUCCCCUGAUGCUCCAUUGCUGGGAUGGAUGGGAAUGCCUUUGUCUCAUAUUCACUCCCUCAUCACCUAAAGAUAAGUUGGAGUAUCAGGAUCCUGUAGAUUAUAUCUGGCCAUGUCCAACAAAACUAACAAAUGGGCUUGCUGGACCAACAAUGGCUGAAUAAAAUGGGCUUAUACUGUAUUACAUGAUUAUCACAUACUAGCAUAUUUGAGCUUUCAAGAGCUGUAAUGUCUGAAAAUUAAGUUAGCGUUCAGUAACAUUCAUGAGUUGCACAUACCUGCUUGGUGAUGUAACUUUGCUUCCUAUGUUUCAGACUUUAUCAUAUAAUCAUUCCUUAUUUUGAGAUGGACUCCAGAAGUAUUGCUUCUCAUGUUGUAAGCAGUAAUAGAGCAGCUGUAGUAGUUGUUGCUAUAAAAAACAUGACCUAAGUUUAUAGUGAAAAACAGUUUAAUGAGAAUAUUAAUGUAUCUGUGAAUUUCUCACAUGUUUUGAGCUGAUGUAAGAAUGACUUCUUUCUCUUACUCUGUAUAUAGUGUUUUCUCCUGACAAUGAUAGUCAUAACUAGACAAAUAAGUGCUUGAAUAGUUUGAGCAGCUAGAGACACCCAGCUGCCAAGGGUGGUAGCAGGUAGUAGGCUGAAUGCUGGAAGCUGUAGUUUGAGUUUUCACGUCUCAGUAUUAGUGCAGGAUUCUGCAGACAUAAUAUGACGUAAAUUCUUUGACUAAAUAAGGCUUUUUAGCUGGGAUAUAAUUGUAUCUGUUGUAUAAUUUUUCAAGAUGGCCAAGCUAGAAGUAAUUACAUUUUUAGAUGAGUUAUUUAAAAAAAAACUGCUUACAAAAGAGACAACUUUUAUUUUAUAAAAGUGCUUGAUCUGUUACCUAGCUAUAGACUAGAAGGUUAAACUUCAUGACUUAGUAUGGGACCAUUUAUCUGAUUACUGUGUAUCAAGAAUAUUGCAAGUACCUGCUGUUAAUCUGUCUGUUUGUAUACCCAGCCAACAACCCCUUGCAAAAGCAAAAAGUAUUCCCUCACAUCUUAGCCUUUAUGCCGCUAGGGAAGGAGAGAAUACCGAUUCCUUCCACCCUCAUAUUCUUCAUAUUCCAUUAUUGCUUUCUUCUCCAAGCCAACCUGUAGAAGGAAGAUGUCAUAAUUUUUUGUUCACAAACCAUCUUUACAUCCUGAUAUUUUUUUCCUUUAUUAUUUGUGUAAUACAUAUCCUGCAAAGAUUAAGUUUUCCUUCAUGAUCAAAAGAUAUUGUAAGAUUCACUGAUAUAUAUCUGUUGUUUUUCCUGUAAAUCUUUUAUAUAGCUACCAUAUUACAAAAAUGGUAAGAAAACAAUCCUUAUAUAUGUUCAGUUUUCAUGGUAAAAUGGUCCCACAGUGUACUUGUAGACAAAAUCCUUUUGAAGUGAUUGAAAAGUCUGAUUUGUCUUGGGGAAUAAUUGUGUCAGUAUGACUAAAAUACAGUUUUCAUAUCAUUAUAAUAAACAUAAAAGAGUAUUUAAUGAUGCAGUGAUGAUUGAUGAUGAGAAUUGUUGCAGCUUACUGCUUUUAUUGCAGUAAACUCUUACCAGUCAAACAUCUGGGAGUGAAGCAUAUCUGAUUAUGGUUCUGAACUAAUACACUACCAUAGGAUGUAGUAGCAUUCAUAUCCCUUAUGGAUACUAGUGUGUCAGUGUUGUGUCCACUUUCUAUUCUUAUACCUGCAAGGUUUGCAUGUUUCAUACUCGUUCUCCGUGCAGCAACACUUAUUGCAGUCAUUGGAUGAAAUCCAUGUGCUGCUGAACUUUACUGACUGUGACGCACCUCCUUUUGGAUUCAUAGCACAUAAUUGCAUUUUUGCCUGUUUAUGUUUAGACAUUACUUCAAUCUAUAUAGAAAUUUAGAUCAUUAUUGCAACAUUUAGUAAUGUGUUUUUGGGCUGUUCCCAGUGUGCCCAUUACAGAAUGCAUGUAUUCCAUGCACAUGUAAAUACACACACACACACACACACACACACACACACACACACACACACACACACACACACACACACACACACACACACACACACACACACACACACACACACACCCUGGGUGAGGCAGGGGUCUAGUCGAGGUUAUGUCAGGCUGUGGUGAACUCUUGUAUGUAUUGAAUGAGAGGCUAGUAGAGUGCCAUCCAAGAGCUGCUCUGCACCCAGGGUCAGGUAGCACUCAUAAUACUACCACCAACAUGUCACACUUUUGUAUAGUAUAUGUAGACAAUUGAACAUAUUUGUUUAUGAUGCUUGGAGGGUAACUCCAGGGACAUUUAUAAUAGCCAGAAUUUUUAAAAUGCAUGACAGACUGUAAUAAUCAAGGAUUAUAUAUAACUAUAUGCAUAAUUAA